AUGUCGCACAAGGGAAAGAACAGCGCCAGCUCGGCAAAGGGCAAAAAACCCGCCAAGUCUGGCGCAGAGAGCAAGGGCGAAGAUGUUCUGCAGGCUGUGUGUCUUCUGCCGCUGGCAAACACCCCUCUUAUCGAGUAUACGCUCGAGUUCCUGGCCAUGAACGGCGUUCAGGAAGUCUACAUUUACUGUGGCGCACACACAGACCAGGUCGAAGACUACAUCGGUCGCUCUAGAUGGACGUCGUCGUCAAAAUCUUGCCCGUUUUCGGUGCUCCAGUUCGUUCGAGUUGCCGAUGCGAGGUCGGUUGGCGACGUUCUCCGCGACAUGGACAAGCGAUCGUUGGUGGACGGUGAUUUCCUCCUGGUACAUGGCGACCUGGUGUCGAACCUGAUUCUGGACGGCGCCUUGGCAGCGCACCGAAAACGAAGAGAGACGAGUGCCGCGAACAUCAUGACCAUGAUCUUGCACAGCGGAGGGCCCGCAGAUCACAGAACCAAGACAAACGGAAUCACUCCCGUGUUUGUGGUGGACACCAAGACCCAGCGCUGUCUUCACUACGAUGAGAUGAACCCCCUGCAGAGCGACCACUACCUUUCCAUGGAUCCUGCCAUUGCUGAUGAGCUGUCGACUGAGUUCGAGGUACGAGCCGACCUGAUAGAUGCUCAGAUCGACAUUUGCACCCCCGAGGUCUUGGCUCUGUGGUCAGAGAGCUUCGACUAUGAACUGCCGAGGAGAAACUUCCUACAUGGGGUGUUGAAGGAUUGGGAGCUUAACGGCAAGAUGAUCUACGCUGAAAUCUUCGAGGACGGAUAUGCUGCUCGGGCAAGCAACCUGCAGAUGUACGACUCCAUCAGCAGAGACGUUCUAGGCCGAUGGACAUUUCCCUUUAUCCCUGAAAACAACAUCAUGCCCAAGCAGGCGUACAAGAAGCACAGCAAUAAUGUUGUUAUCGAGACUGGCGCAUCUCACGCAGCAGACGCCAAGCUCCAAAACUCCGUCAUUGGAACCGACUCGAGCAUCGGAUCCGGAAGCAAAAUCGUCAACUCUAUCAUUGGCGCUGGUUGCAAGAUUGGCGCCAAUGUCACGCUGGAGAACUCGUUCAUUUGGAACGGCACCACCGUGGGAGACGGCACCGUUAUCUCACAAUCUAUCCUGGCUGGCAACGUAGUCGUCGGUAAAGGCUGCACAAUACCUACUGGAUCGCUCAUCUCCUUCGGCGUCCACAUUAGCGACUCCAUCUCCUUUUCUACCGCCGCGGUGCUCUCAACCGUUACUUCCAUAGGCAAACAGGUCACCAAGGACACCAACCUGCUCGGUCCUGACAGUAACGCAGCCCCCUUCUUCGAUCCUGAAGACGACGAGCUCGACGACGAAGACCCCUCCAGACUCCAAAAGUCUCUCAUCUACUCCCUCGCAGACUACAACCUAUCCACCUCCUCCAUCUCAACGUUUGCCUCCGACGUCGACUCGGACGAUGACAACGACAGCAACUUCCUUUCCACCGACGUCGCCCACUCCAACAGAUCACGUCUCUCGUCUUUUGCGUCAGACGACUCGGCUGGCAAGAUGUCCUUCCACGCCGAUGCCGUCCACGGUCUGCUCGACGCCCUGCGCGCCGAGUCUGGCGACUUUGACUCUGCCAAGUUGGAAUUCAUGGGUCUGCGUCUGGCCAACAACGCAUCCGAUGCCAUGAUGCGCAAGGCCGUCGCAACGGCGUUUACCCGCCGCGCCGUGGAGCUCGUUACCCCCGAACACGGCGGCCUCGACGCCAGUAAGGCGGCGGACAAGGCCUUCACCGCGUGCAAGGGCGCAUCCAAGUUCGUCAACGAGGUUGGUGUUGGCGGCGGCGAGUCGGCGCAGAUCGAGUUCAUCCUCGCCCUGCAGCGGGCCUUGCAGCAUUACUCCAAGGGCCAGGAGCAGAGCAAGACUGCUACGCUUCUCCCUGCCAUGCUGCAGCAGCUCUACGCUCUGGAUAUCUUGGAGGAGGAAGGAAUUCUGGGCUGGUGGGCGGAUCCACGUGCGGUGGAGGGUGAGUCUAUGGCUGGAUUGAAGGAGAAGUGCAGAGUGCUGGUCGAGUGGCUUGAAAACGCAGAGGAGGAAGAUGACGACGAUGACGACGACGAUGAUGACAGUGAUUAG